AUGAAGUUUGCCUCUGGACUUGUCGCAAUCGCAUUUGCCGCCGCCAGUGCCUCCGCCGAGUCCACCAACACCCAGACUUUGGACCCAAAGACUCUCACUUACUUGGAUCCUACCACCAUUAGAGGCCCAAGUAUCCCUGUCGACAAGCAGAAGGAAAUGGAGGAGUUAUCGGCAGACUGGAAGGCUGCUUCUGGAAAUGGGAACUACUACACCAUCGACCCAAACACGCUGCCGACUCAAAACCCUGCUUACCUGAACGGCCUCGGCCCUCAGGUGCCCAUCAAAGACCACCGUCAGCUAGACUCGACCAACACCCACACCGUCGACCCCAAUACUCUGCCGAUUGAGAACCCAGCUUAUCUUGAGGGACUUGGUCCCCAAACGCCCGCUGGUGACAACCCGGAGCUCAAGAAGGCUAUGAAUGAGCUGGCUGGCUCCCCUAGUAGCAACAACUACCACACUGUCGAUCCCCACUCGCUACCAACUCAGAACCCCGCUUUCCUGGAAGGCCCCGGGCUCCCCCGUUUCAGCAACACUGCCCCGAAGUGCGAUCAAGCUUGUCCUGACGUGUACGCUCCUGUAUGCGGCACCGACGGCGUGACGUACAGCAACUCGUGCGCGUUGGGUAUUGCCAGCUGCAAAAACCCAGAAAAGCACAUCGCUAAGAAAUUCGAUGGCCGCUGCUAG